AUGAAGAGGCAGAACGCCAGGACCCUCGCCCUCAUCAUCUGCACCUUCACCUACCUGAUCGUCGGCGCCGCGAUCUUCGACGCGCUGGAAUCUCGAAAGGAGACGACCCAGAGGCUGGAGCUUCACCAGAGGAAAGAAGGGCUGCUCAAGACUUUCAACUUGUCCACGGAGGACUUUGACGAACUGGAGAAGGUUGUGCUGCAGCUAAAGCCGCACAAAGCCGGAGUGCAGUGGAAAUUUGCCGGCUCCUUUUACUUCGCCAUCACUGUCAUUACGACAAUAGGAUAUGGCCAUGCAGCCCCCAGCACAGAUGGAGGAAAGGUGUUCUGUAUGCUCUAUGCCCUCCUGGGUAUCCCACUUACUUUGGUCAUGUUUCAGAGUGUGGGUGAGCGGAUCAACACUUUUGUUAGGUACCUGCUCCACCGCCUGAAGAAGUGCCUUGGAAUGAGGCAUACUGAGGUUUCCAUGGCCAACAUGGUGAUCAUUGGUUUCAUAUCUUGUAUGAGCACACUGUGUGUGGGGGCCCUGGCCUUCUCUCACUUUGAGGGAUGGAGCUUCUUUCAAGCCUACUACUACUGCUUCAUCACACUCACCACCAUUGGUUUUGGGGACUAUGUAGCACUGCAGAAUGAGCACGCUCUUCAGACCAAGCCGGAAUACGUGGCCUUCAGCUUCAUCUACAUCCUGACGGGUCUGGCUGUGAUUGGAGCUUUCCUCAAUUUAGCAGUGCUGCGCUUCAUGACCAUGAACGCUGAGGACGAAAAGAGGGAUGCUGAGCACAGGGCUCUUCUCGCACAUAACGGUCAGGCAGGCGGACACAUCAACUGCUCUGUAGACAUGGCCUCCUCCUCCUCCACACCAUCUGGGUGUGGUGGAGGGAAUGCAGUUGGAGGGAAUGGGGGAGGAGCAGCAAGCCGGGGUCUGCGUAAUGUUUACGCGGAGGUGCUCCACUUUCAGUCCAUGUGUUCCUGUCUUUGGUACAAGAGCAGAGAGAAACUGCAAUACUCCAUACCCAUGAUCAUCCCACGUGACCUCUCCACCUCAGACACCUACAUGGAGCAGGGAGAGUCUUUUUCUAACCCCCUCCACUCUAAUGGUUGUGUGUGUAGUCUGCAGCACCCCUCAGGCAUCAGUUCAGUGUCUACUGGCUUACACAGCAUCAGCGCCUAUAGAAGACUCAAUAAACGCAGAAGCUCUAUCUAG